AUGUCGGCUUGGAGCCCUGGGCUCAACCAGUCGGGCCCCACCGAGUUCGUGUUCCGUGUGUUCACCGCUGUCCCUGCGCUCCGGGUCCUGCUCUUCCUCCUCUUCCUCCUCCUCUACUUGCUGAUCCUCUGCGGCAACACAGCCAUCGUCUGCGUGGUGUGCACACACAGCUCGCUCCGCACCCCCAUGUAUUUCUUCCUGUCCACCCUGUCCUCCCUGGAGAUCUGCUACACCUCUGUGGUGGUGCCCUUGAUGCUCUCUAACAUUUGGGGGGCCCAGAAGCCCAUCUCCUUAGCCGGCUGCGGGGCCCAGAUGUUCUUCUUCGUCACCCUGGGCAGCACCGACUGCUUCCUCUUGGCCGUCAUGGCCUACGAUCGGUACGUGGCCAUCUGCCACCCGCUGCACUACACCCUCCUCAUGACCCACAAGCUGUGCGUCCAGAUGGUGGUGGGCUCCGUGGGCCUGGCCCUGGUCCUCUCGCUGCAGCUCACCGCCCUGAUCUUCACCCUGCCCUUCUGCGGGCGCCACCGGGAGAUCAACCACUUCCUCUGCGACGUGCCCCCGGUGCUGCGCCUGGCCUGUGCCGACAUCCGCGUGCACCAGGCCGUGCUCUACGUCGUGGGCAUCCUGGUGCUGACCGUCCCCUUCCUGCUCAUCUGCGUCUCCUACGUGUUCAUCGCCUCCGCCAUCCUGCGCAUCSGUUCAGCCGAGGGCCGGCGCCGCGCCUUCUCCACCUGCUCCUCGCACCUCACCGUGGUCCUGCUGCAGUACGGCUGCUGCAGCCUGGUCUACCUGCGGCCGCGGUCCAGCACCUCGGAGGACGAGGACCGCCAGAUCGCCCUGGUCUACACCUUUGUUACCCCCUUACUCAACCCUUUGAUUUAUACCCUUAGGAACAAGGAUGUUAAAGGUGCUCUGAGGCAUGCCAUCCUCAGUAAAGCAGCCUCUGAGUCCAGCUGAAGGCCCAGGGGUUGGGGUGGGCAUCU